GUGCACACACGAAAAAAUUGGAGUGUGCAAACCAACACUUUUUUCUCUCUCAUCUGAUCCUGAUCCCGAACCCGAAUUUCGAGAAAAUUUUAAAUUUUUAAAAAAAUGGAUCCAGAAUCAGAAGAAUCAACCGAAGUGAAAACACCGAUCAGUUCACCAUCAAGUACUACAGAAGCAUCAAUGUGUCCAGAUUACAUAUCAUCAUAUACACAAAUAUCACAAUAUAAUCAUCACCGUCAACAACAAGAUGAUCAAACUAUUGAUGAUCAAACUGAUAUUGAAUCUGAGACGGAUGAUAAUUUGGAUGAUUUUGUCAAUGACGACGAUGAUGAUGAUGAUGAUCAAAAAUCACCUUCCAAAUCGAAUAAAAUUGAUAAAGAUUCGAAAAAUGCUCUUCCAGAAUUAUCAUCACAGAUAAUUGAAUGGUCGAAAAAAACAUUCGAAUCAUAUAAUAAAGAUUCGAAUGUUGAUGAUGAUGAACAACAAGAAUCAAAUUCUGAAACAACCGAGCCAAAAAUCGAAAGUGAAAAAAUCGAAAAAGAAGAAGAAAAACAGAAAUUAAAAUUUUUCCAAUUGAAAUUCAUCAACGAUAUUGAACAACAAACAUUGUUGAUUGUAGAGAAUUUAAAUCAAAUAAUGACCUAUAUAAAUUCAUAUUCAACAGAUAUGACCAAUAAAUCCGUAGAUGUAAUGGAAAUUUAUCAUGAUAAUGUUAUCGAAUGUUGUGAUCAAAUUGAUUCGAAUAUUAAGUUAAUGUAUAAAAUCAUAUCAAAAUGUGAAGAAUUAAAUAAAUCAUUUGGAUUUUUAGAUGAAUUACGAAAUCGUAUUAAAGAUAUUAAACAAACAUUGGAUAUAUUUGAACGAAUUGUUAUAUAAAUUUUUUUUUUGUCGAUCAUCAUCGCCAUCGUUAUUUUCGUUAUCGUUCGUGAAGUGGAAUGACCUAAUUUUUUUAAAUAUUUUCACCAUAAAGGGAGGUAAUUUCAAAGAUAAUAAAUGGAAAGCUAAAUUCACAAAAAAAAAUCGACGACUCAUCACCAUCAAAAGAAUGAAUUUCAU